AUGACAAGGAGAACUUUUCAUACGGCAUCCGGACCGUUGAAGAUCGAGCCACCCUCGCCAGAACGGUUGCAAACCGGAAGCAAUUUCGAGAAUUUUGACAACAUGUCUGCGCAGAGUGCCGAUUCGGCGUACGCGGCUCACCGUCAUCACCGACAGAACUCAUCGUGGACCUCGCCGUCGCACUACACUGAGCUUGUCAGUCCCUACGGUAGUCAACAGCGUGCACCUUGCACCGUACAGACCCAAUUUGCCGCACCGAAACCGGAACCGAGUCUACCGUCUAUCCACGAUUUGACCUACAAUCAGUCUUUUCCCACAGCAAGCCCGUACUCUUACGGAGGAUCGAGCGGAGCUUUCGCGGACCAUCGUAGCUAUCCCAUCAAAACAGAGUCACCUUACUCCAUCAAAACAGAAUCCCAUGCAUAUUAUGAACCUGCUCAUCGAUAUGGACAGAGCUACCAGCAAAUAAACCGGCCACAACCGCCAACGAUGGAUUACCAAAGGUACCCGUCGGCACUGUUCGACUACCCAAAGGGACUUGCAUAUUCGUCCCCUUACGGGGUCGAAUACAUCCCAUCUCCAACGGGUUCACACCACGCAGUCUCUCCGACAGUGUCGAAUGGGGAGAGCUGCGGCCCAGGCAACAGGAGACGGAGGGGUAAUCUGCCCAAGCAUAUUACCGACUACCUAAAGAAUUGGUUUCUGGCGCAUUUGGAUCAUCCUUACCCCACAGAGGAUGAGAAGCAACAGUUCGUUCACGACACGCAGCUGAGCCUUGCCCAGAUCAGUAACUGGUUCAUCAACGCGAGAAGACGUCAUCUUCCCACGUGGCGGCAUCAGGCCCAGGAGAACAGCCGCAGAGCGGCACAGGCGUCGGCUGCCGAGUACGAUUCGGAGCAAGGACGACGCUCGCACAAAUCUUUUGACUGA